UGCGGCGAGGGCUCCAUCCGCGCCGUCUCCUACAACAUCCUGGCCGACACCUACGCCCAGACGGAGUUCUCCCGCACCGUGCUGUACCCGUACUGCGCGCCCUACGCCCUGGAGCUCGACUACCGGCAGAACCUGCUCAAGAAGGAGCUGGCGGGCUACAGCGCCGACCUCAUCUGCCUGCAGGAAGUGGAUAAGUCCGUCUUCGCGGACAGCUUGGCUCCAGCUCUAGAUGCUUUUGGACUAGAAGGGCUCUUCAAGAUUAAGGAGAAGCAGCAUGAAGGCCUGGCCACUUUCUACCGCAGGGAUAAGUUCAGCCUCCUUAGCCAACAUGACGUCGCUUUCAGCGAAGCGCUGCUCUCAGAUCCGCUGCACAAGGACUUGUGUGAUAAGCUGGCCAAGUACCCCUUGGUGAAGGAGAAGGUGCUGCAGAGGUCAUCUGUGCUGCAGGUUUCAGUUCUUCAGUCUGCAACUGAUCCUUCCAGGAAGAUAUGUGUAGCGAAUACCCACCUAUACUGGCACCCGAAAGGUGGGAACAUCCGUCUCAUCCAAAUCGCUGUAGCCUUGUCUCACAUCAAGCACGUUGCGUGUGACUUGUAUCCCAGUAUACCAGUCAUAUUCUGUGGAGAUUUUAAUAGCACACCAUCAUCUGGAACUUACAGUUUUAUUAACACUGGUGGCAUUGCUGAAGAUCAUGAAGACUGGGUCUCGAGUGGUGAAGAAGAAAGGUGCAAUAUGCCUCUAAGUCAUCCUUUCAAACUGCUAAGUGCUUGUGGAGAACCUGCUUAUACGAACUAUGUUGGUGGGUUUCAUGGAUGUCUGGACUACAUUUUCAUUGACAAAAACACUCUAGAGGUUGAACAGGUCAUUCCAUUGCCAAGUCAUGAAGAAGUAACAACCCAUCAGGCUUUGCCAAGUGUUUCACAUCCUUCUGAUCAUAUAGCACUAAUAUGUGACUUAAAGUGGAAAUAGGUCAGGAGACCUCUUGCAAGGUGCUUUUGGGGGUUUUCAAACAAAUUUAAUUUACUGCAGAGGAACUGAGGU